ACUGCAUGCGUGGCUCAUGCUUCCUAAAGCCCCCCUUGAAAUCAGGACUGGGAUACUCAAAAAAGCUUCGCAGCUCAAUGCAGCAAUGGCGACUCUUUCUCCCCCUGUGGUACACCCGCAGGUCUCCCUCCGGCGACAAGGGUGGCGGCGGCUGCAUGGCUUGCCAAGCUGCCAGUUCAGACACGCCGGGAGAGUGCAGUCCAGCUACAGGGGACUCGAAGCGCUGUACGAUGAUGGGUACGGGACGGUCAAGGGCCUGGACUACUACUAUCAGGCACUCGGGCAGCUGGUGGGGUAUGACAGCGGGCCGCCCUGCUGGUUAUGCCCUGUCGAUGCUGGCUCGACGGUCGAGGAUGCUCCACUCAUGCUGUAUUUGCCAGGAGUAGAUGGGAUGGGGAUGGGGCUCUGCAUGCACCACAAGGCUCUUGGAAGGAUAUUUGAACUUAGAUGCUUGCACAUUCCUUUUCACGACCGCACACCAUUCGAAGAACUUGUCACAAUGGUAGAAGAUGUUGUGAGGGCAGAGCAUUCCACUUCUCCUAAUAAGCCCAUCUAUCUAUUGGGGAAUUCCUUUGGAGGAUGCUUAGCUCUUGCAGUUGCUGGUCGCAAUCCCCGUAUUGAUUUGAUACUGGUACUAGUCAAUCCAGCUACUUCAUUUGAGAGGUCAGACAUAAAAAAGCUUCUGUCAGUUUUCAGCUCGAACAACGCCUAUAUUGCAAUUACAGCUCUACUGAACUACAACAUCGAAUAUACUGGACAAACUACCAGAAGACACACUAAAAUGGAAGAUGAAACUCAUCAAACGGGCUGCGCAAUAUGCUAAUUGCCGUAUACAAUCAGUUACAGCUGAGGUGCUACUGCUAGCCAGCUGCGAUGACAACUUACUUCCGAGCAAAUCUGAAGCCUACAGGCUACAGAACAAAAUACCUAAAUC